AUGGUUAUGAUAGUCACUUUGAUCAAGGUUAUUAUGUUCAACACGAUCAUGAUUAUGAUGGUCAGCAAGAUUAUGGUCACCAAGACCAUGUUUAUGAUAGUCGUAAUGGUCACCAUGUUCAUGGUUGCGAUGGUCACUACAAUUAUGGUCAUGAUGAUCAUAAUGAUCAUGGUCAUCAUGGCCACCAUGAACAUCGUCAUAAUGGUCAUGAUGGACAUGAUUCAUUAUUAUCAUGGUCAUGAUGGUCACUAUGAUCAUGGUCAUGAUAGUUACCACAAUCAUGGUUAUGAUGGUCAUCAUAGUCACUAUGCUCAUGCUCAUGAUAGUCAUUAUUAUCAUGGUCAUGAUGGUCACCAUAGUCAUGCUCAUAAUGAUCACCAUGAUCAUAUUCAUGAUCGUCGUGAUGGUGACCAUGAUCAUGGUCAUGAUGGUCAGCAUGAUCGUGGUUAUUAUGGUCUCCAUGAUCCUAGUCAUGAUGGUCACUAUGACCAUGGUCAUGAUGGUCACCAUGACUACGGUCAUGAUGAUGACCAUGGUCAUGGUCAUGAUAGUCACCAUGCUCAGGGUCUUGAUGGUCUCUAUGACCAUGACCAUGGUUAUAAUGGUCACUAUGAUCAUGGUCAUGAUAGCCACCAUGAUCUAAGUAAUGAUGAUCACCAUGAUCAUGGUUAUGAUAGUCACUUUGAUCAAGGUUAUUAUGUUCAACACGAUCAUGAUUAUGAUGGUCAGCAAGAUUAUGGUCACCAAGACCAUGUUUAUGAUAGUCGUAAUGGUCACCAUGUUCAUGGUUGCGAUGGUCACUACAAUUAUGGUCAUGAUGAUCAUAAUGAUCAUGGUCAUCAUGGCCACCAUGAACAUCGUCAUAAUGGUCAUGAUGGACAUGAUGAUCAUAGUCAUGAUGGACACCGUGAUCAUAGUCAUGAUGAUUACUAUGACCACAGUCAUAAUGGUCACCAUGAUUCCGAUUAUGAUGGUCUCUAUGAUUAUGGUCAUGAUAGUCACCAUAAUCAUGGCCAUAAUAGUUAUGAUGAUCAUGGUUGUGAUGGUCAUUAUGAUUAUGGUCGUGAUGGUCAUGGUAGUACACAUUAUUAUGAUCGUUAUGGUCGUGAUGACCAUGGUUAUAAUGGUCACUAUGAUCAUGGUCAUGAUAGCCACUAUGAUCUAAGUAAUGAUGAUCACCAUGAUCAUGGUUAUGAUAGUCACUUUGAUCAAGGUUAUUAUGUUCAACACGAUCAUGAUUAUGAUUGUCAGCAAGAUUAUGGUCACCAAGACCAUGUUUAUGAUAGUCGUAAUGGUCACCAUGUUCAUGGUUGCGAUGGUCACUACAAUUAUGGUCAUGAUGAUCAUAAUGAUCAUGGUCAUCAUGGCCACCAUGAACAUCGUCAUAAUGGUCAUGAUGGACAUGAUGUUCAGAAUAAUCAUGGACAUCAUGGUCACCAUGAUCAACGUCAUAAUGAUCAUGAUGGUCACCACAAUCAUGGUAAUGAUGGACAUCAUGGUCACUAUGAUCAUGAUCAUGGUCAUGAUGGACACCGUGAUCAUAGUCAUGAUGAUUACUAUGACCACAGUCAUAAUGGUCACCAUGAUUCCGAUUAUGAUGGUCUUUAUGAUUAUGGUCAUGAUAGUCACCAUAAUCAUGGCCAUAAUAGUUAUGAUGAUCAUGGUUGUGAUGGUCAUUAUGAUUAUGGUCGUGAUGGUCAUGGUACUACACAUUAUUAUGAUCGUUAUGGUCGUGAUGGUCAACAUAAUCAUGGUCAUCAUGGUCACCACAAUCUUGGUCAUAUUGGUCAUGAUGAUAAUAAUGAUCAUGGUCAUCAUGGUCACCACAAUCAUGGUCAUGACGAUCAGGGUCAUGAUGAUCAACAGGAUCAUGAUCAGAAUCGUCAGCACGAUCAUGGUCACCAUGAUCAUGAUCCUGUUGAUCAUCGUGAUCAUGGUUAG